ACAGAUGCUGUUUAGCUGAAAAACCUAGAAGAAAUUGGUUGUAGUGGUCAUAGAUCAUGAACCGAAUUAUUUGCAGGAAUGACAAGUUGGAGAAAAGUUAGGGUAGUCUGAAAUCGUUUAUUAGAUAUAGCAAGACAAGUUUUCAUUUUUUAAUCUUUCAUACAUUUGCAAGCAUACCAUUUAAGUAGGCUGCAGCCAUGUGUGACCUGGCCUAAACAUACAUGUACAUGUUGUUUUUGGUUCUCUCAUGCCUAUGGACACGAGGAACUGAGCCAAUGUGAGGGGAUAUUCAAGGGCAUUUGAAGUCAUGGCAUUAUCACUGGAUGAAACAGAUAAGUUAAUACAGCUGCGAAAGCAUUUGCAGUGCAUCAAGGCAAGUAUUUGUAAAAGAUGCAAGAAGAAUUUUGAAUUAGAGAGGGAAGUUCGUUUCUUUGAUCAAAAGAUUGCACUCUUGAUCAACCACAGAAUUUCUCUUCAGGAAUUUCCUGACAGGAUGUCAUUUGGUCACCACAGAGCAGGGGUGCUAAAAGAUGACCUGCAACGACAGCAUUUUGGAAACCUUUUCUUUCUGCUGCAAAGUAAACCCGAAUAUAUGGCACAGCUGGCAAGGAUUGUACUCCCUAACGAAAUUGACGAGCUCCUGAAAAUUGUUAUGUUUAGCCUAUAUGGAAAUCAGUAUGAAGCUCGAGAGGAACAUCUUUUGCUAAGAAUGUUUGAGAUUGCUAUUAAAAUGGAACUUCACGAAACAGACGAUUUCAACAAUUUGCUGAGAGCUAACACGGCAAUCUCUCGAAUGAUGACCACGUAUACAAGGAGAGGUCCAGGACAAGAAUAUCUUAAAGCAACUCUUGGUGACUUGAUUCAAGAUUUCUCUGCAAACCAUCUAUUGUCUUUGGAUGCUAAUCCAUCUAAGAUUUACGCUGAAGUACGAGGAUUGGAAAAUGAAAAUUAUGCCAUACCCAUCGAAGAAGCAUUACAAGACCCGGAAGUCUCGAAGAUAUACACAAUGAGAAUAAAUGAAAUAAAGAAUAUAUCUUCAAAGUUUCUUGAUGCCAUCAUCAACUCGUUGCACUGCGUGCCGUAUGGUAUCAGAUGGUUGUGCAAAGCAAUAAUGCAGCUACCCGAGAAAAAAUUCCAAAACAUUGCACCAGAAACAGUUACUUGCUUAAUCGGAGGUUUCUUCAUGUUACGUUUUAUCAACCCAGCCAUUGUUUCUCCUCAUGCCCACAUGCUACUUACGUGUCAGCCCAGACCAAAAGUCAGAAGAAAUUUAGUAAUGGUUGCGAAAAUCCUACAGGCCAUGAGCAACAAGCUCACGGGUGGACCUUCAUUAAAGGAGGAUUACCUCAGGCCGCUGGAAUCUUUUGUGGUUGAAGGACAGCAAAAGCUGCAGGUUUUCCUGCGCAGUUUAUGUGACGUCGUUGAUUUUCACUCAUAUCUUGAGAUAGAGCAAUACCUUUCACUGCCCAAGGACACUUAUAUCACAAUUACCGUGAGAGAAAUGUAUCGGAUGUAUGAACUAUUGUACAUAUACAAAGAAAGGCUGUAUUUAGAAGAAGAUGAUAAACUCCAGGCAAUUCUCGAAGACAUUGGUCAGCCAAUGCCAUCUCCUCCAAUGGGCCAAGACUUUUCCGUAGAGCUGCCAAUAUUUAGUCGAUGGAACAAAGCAUCAGAUUUAAAGAAUGAAUGCCCGGGACUGGAACAAACAAUCGAAAGAGGUGUCCCAGCUCUGAGGAAACGUUGCCGCAAAAUCCUCAUCACUUUGUUUUUAGCACUACCGGCGUUGUUUCAAGAAAAAACUCUGGUCUCAGUGCUAAAAAAAGCAGAAACUCACGAGGAUUUAGAAAUCAGGAGGUUGUAUGGCUUAGCUGCAUCACAUUUGGAUGCACUGAAAGAUAUGGACUCGAAAUAUGCAGAAGAAGAAUUUCUUUGCUCAGUUAAAGAGAAAUUAUUGCAACAGGAGCUUCAAUAUGAUAAAUUAAAUAUGGAGUUGAAAAGUUUAGAAUCUGUCUACGAGACUCUCUGUUGGCAUGGUGAUUUUCUCAGCGAACAAUUAGAAGCCUACAAAGAAUAUCUGGCCGACGUUAGACAUAAGGCAGUAUUUAUGGAUGAGCCAUUGGCAUUCAGGCCAAAACAACUGCAGCAAAAAAGGACGCCAACUGCUCCGUUGAAAUUCUCCUUUCUUACUCUGGAAAAAGAAGGGCUAAUUUUAGAAAGCAGAAAUGUGCCAGAAAAAAGGAAAAACAAUAUAUACUUCACUGUGGUUUCAACGCAACCUGGCAUUUACAAGAUUGGGUUACAUUACAGAGGGAUUUUGAAGGUUAAAUUUUCUAUUUUAGUUCCACUUCCUGGCGAGGGCCCAAAAUUAGACACAAUUGAGCUAAAUCUCGAGGAUCUUCUAGAACUUCAGCAUCUCAGAGACCCGGUCUUGAAUCUUCAUGACUACGUCUUGUUGGAUGCUCGACAAACCUUAGCAUUUUUAUACAAAAAUUUCUCCUUUAAACAGUCAUAGAAGCAGGGGAUUUUAGAAACUGUGCAGGUGACAGCAAAUUUUUGUGUAAGGGGAAUAGUUGAUAUCCGGUUUUCUUGAAAUAUAAUUUAGAGAUUUUAACUGAAAAUCUGAGAGAAUUGCCUUUUUGCCAUAUUUGAAACCAGUGUAAUCAAAUAUAAAGAAGCUUUGACGGGGAUUUCAUUUUUGCCCCUGAAUGGGCAAGGUGAACAAUUUAAUGCAUAAAUUCAUUUUUUAUUUCAUUUAUUCGUUCGCUCAUUGCUACUUAUAUUUAUUCUUUUUUUGUUAUCGUUAUCGUCGAGCGUGAAGAUUUUAUAUAAAACUUUAUUGCCAUAAACUCGAAAAUAAUUGUAAAUUAAAUCAAAUGCAACGACUUUCAUUAAAAUGGAAUCGGGGAAAAACUGUCAUAACCUGUCGAAUUCUUGGAGCCGCUGUAAAACUUUCUGCUGUAAGCCCCCUAGCAAAACAUUUGGUCAAACCAAGUCGGAGUGGAACAGAAUCGUAGCUUGAAUGUAUUCAUCCUUAUUUGAUAACACAACGGCAAAGAUUCAAAAAAGUGGAAAGAUUACCUUGAUUUUUUAUUUCAGUAGAUUGGGUUUUGUAACUUCUGCUUAUCUAAGGAUAACUGACAUUUUGCCAAACAAUUAGACCUAACAGGCUGCUCCUUUAAUAAUAGUUACAUGUUCCACCUUAAUGAUAGUUAUCUGUUCCACCUUAUAAUUAUUUUUGCAUACAUUUGAACUGUUUUGAAUUUCUUUCGCGGUUCACUCGCCCUAACCCAACGUACCCUUCCUCAACUACCUGGGCAAAAUUUUUUUUACUACCCUUCUCUUUCACUGAUGAAAUAUGUAGCCCUGCUGCUGCUACUCUAUUCAAAAUUAUUGUUAAGAACUUCUUCUAAAACAAUUGUAAGUAUUGAAUGAGCGUAAGGCCAUAUGUUGUGUUUCCUUGCAAUUAUACUGUACAUAUAUUGGUUUUGGCCUUAAGUUAAUGAAUUUUUUAUUCAUCAAUAUUAUGUAGUCAAUUUUUAAUUAAGUCAAUUGACUUCAUAUCUAAUAUUUUAUAAAGUAAUUUUACGUGUUAAAUUAAUUAAAAACAGUUAACUUCGACCAGCUAUUGGCAUUCUCCUAUUAUCUUCGCAAAUGGCAGGCUAUUGAAGCAACCAUCUCACAAUCCGCAAGCAUUGAAGCCUCCACUCCCUUUUUUGUCAACUCCCCGUUUCUUUGCUUUUUAUCCGCCCGUCUAUCUACAUAUAGUUUUCUUUUCUGCUUUCUCUCCUCUAUUGAAUUUGCGAAGGUGAUACCAGUAUAGCCUUGAGUUUGGUGUCGAUUUUGUGUUAUUCAGUUUCGACUAAAAGUUGAAAUUCUAUUUGUUGUUUAAGAAGUCGGUUAAAACGUUAUUUUGUCAUUGGUAGACAUUAUUCAUGAAUUCAUAGUUAUUAAUUUUAAAAAAGUUUGGGCUUGAUUUAUAAUGCCAUUAUUUCAGUGUAGAGGGUAAUUCAUUACCAUGACUCUUAGCGGAGAUGUCGAUUCAUCCCGUCGAAGCAAUCCAAGCAAGUUUCUUGAGAUGUGCCUAAAAUUCUCUCGAGAUUUUGCGUUACCCCGCGUUUUUAAGACGUAAUGAGCUAGCACCAACAGGACUGGGCAAGACAAGAUAAAUCUCUUAUUGAUAUAUUUAGACCUGAAUAUUUCUACGGUAUGAAAUAUUUAUUUAAAGUUAUCAUAGUUUCGACAGCAGUUUUAUUAUAGGUUGAAGAAUCUGUUGGUCAAUAUAUAUUCUAAACCACCUAUAAAAUCUGUAUUUGAGAUUGAUCUUUGUCGACUAAGAUUCUCUGGAGUUGUUGUUUCUCCAAAUUAAGCCACACCUAAAAAUCCCAGCUCCAACCACCCCCUUGUCUGCCCUUACCGUUGAGUAAUCCUUCUUCGAAUGACCGUUUUUGCAUAUGAAGCUCACUCUUAGAUAACGCCCAUCUUUAAAUGCAGCCCUAGUCGCCAAUUGAGUACAGCCCAGUGGUUCAUUUUUAUAGUACAUGUUGGCACUAUUGAAGGUUUACGAUGGGGCUAAUUUCGAAGGCACGUAAUAGCAAUAAUUUAAAAAUCAGGUUUAUCAUAUCAGCGCAGCCUUUAUAUUCCACUGAAAAUUUUCCAGCGAUGUGCUAAAAUUUUAAAUCGGCAUUGCGUCAGCUCUAAGGUUCACAAAGCUCUAAGGUUCACAAAGUAAGGUACUUGUUUAGCAAAAUUAAACUUAGUUCCUUGUUCAGGUCUGGACUAAAAAUUCUAGUCCUUAUUACCGGCAUGACGUAAAUGUACUCUUUUAUGGCAAAUUACGAACACGUUAUGGCAAAAGAGUAGGGGUCUAGGAGCCCUGUUAGAGAAACGUUAACCUUGGAACUUUAAGAUUUUACGAAAUAGCAUGCUCAGCACCAGUCCAUACAAUCGGGUAGUAGAAAGUUUUGCCUGAACUUGGUAAAUUUUAUACUUAAUUAACUGCAAUGUGUUUGGUAUUUAUUUUUGUUGUUAUCAAGCCCAGUUAGAAUGUAUUAAUGUAGAGAAUCAUUAGAAAUAUCUUUGUAGAAUAAGACGAAAAUUAAAUAUCUACUAUGGUCCUGGAUAAUAUGAUAGUAAUGAAGAUGCGAAGAAAGCCAUUGAUUUUUA